UUUCCUUAACGGAUUUUUAUGAUUUUAUUAUGUAAAUGGUUUUAAUUGUGAAUAUGUGGGGGUGGAUUAUUAUUUUUAUUGAACUAUUUAUAUGUAUUUACUCUCAAAUAGUGCCAGAUGAGAUUGACUAUAAGAAUUUUCCUCUUCCUUUUACCAUGAAUAAAAUGGGCGCUUCGCAAAUUCGUCAAGCUUUUAACUUUGGAAGUUGCAGAAUAGUCUAUAAUCCAGUUUGUCCAGAUCCAGACGUGACAUUUUUCCUCUUCACCAAACAUAAGCCAGAGCAUCCAGUUGAAAUAAGAGUUGGACCAAAUCAUAUGGAAUCGAAUUUCAAAGAAACACGUUUUGAUCCAAGGAAACCUACAAAAAUUAUCAUUCACGGAUACAAUUCGAAUAUGAAUAUAAGCGCUUUAGUAGAAAUAAGAAAAGAGUAUUUGAGAACAAAAGACUACAACAUAUUCGCCGUGGAUUGGAGUCCCUUAAAUCAGUCGCCAUGUUAUUUGGGAGCCAUGUUUAACAUGCCACAUGUUGGAAGGUGUUGUGCACAGUUGAUACAACGUCUACUUGAUUUAAAAAAUACAGACAUUCACGUGAUAGGAUUUAGUUUAGGUGCCCAUAUUACUAAUCACAUCUCCACAGCUCUUCGCCCGUAUAGAUUGCCAAGAAUCACAGGUCUCGAUCCAGCGCUCCCAGGAUUUAUCACGCCUCAUUUGGACAGUAAACUGGAUAAAACUGAUGCUGAUUUUGUUGACGUAUAUCACACAAAUGCAUUUAUACAAGGGAAAGUAGAAGAAAGUGGUCAUGUCGAUUUUUACAUUAAUGGAGGAGCUAUACAGCCAGGGUGUUGGGCAGAGACCAGGUUCUUCGCAUGCAACCACCAUCGGGCUCCUCUUUACUACGCAGAAUCCAUCAACACAGACAAACAUUUUUACGCCUGGCCCUGCACAUCGUACUUCGACUAUCUUUUGGGGCGUUGCCCUCCUGUAGAUCCACAAAUUGUAAUGGGAGAAUACGUUAAGAGAUCCGCGCAGGGCGUAUACCUAGUGAUAACAGAAUCGGUUUCGCCCUAUGCGAUCGGGAAGUACGAUGGGCCUAGUGUCGAAAUCUUUAAAAUAUUCGAAAAAUACAGAACCGAUGUAUUGAAUAGGUAUAGGAAGUAUGUUGUUGGGUACGUGGAUGAAUAUGAAUUAUUUGAGCAGCUAAAUGAUGGGGAUAAUAAGAAAUUUAAUUUAUAUAAUCAGUUAUUUGAGGUAGAACUUACAAAUGAAAAUUCGGAUCUAGUAAGCGCUUUAUAAUUUAUGAAAAUAAUUUAAAAAUUAUACUACAAAGGUUUCAUAAGAACCCUCUAAUAAAAAAGUAUUGCAAUUUCUCUUUAAUAUUGCAAGCUUCACUUCAGUACUUGUUCCAAUUCGAACAAUCUUCGAUACAAUCUUUUCCAACUCAUUUUUAGUUCAUGUCCAUGCCAAGAUUUUCUGAAUUUUGAGAAUAAUCUAUAGUUGUGGUUGGCCAAAUAUCGGUUUAAACUACGUAUGUCUGAAAUAUAUUGUGCAAUCCUGUAUACAAUCUAAAAUUUCCCCCGCUGUUGUGGAAGCUCGUUUUGAGCUUCUUAAGACUGGAGACGUUACAGUUAACUGGUUCCUACAUCGAAGGUGAGGUGAGGCAAAGGGUCCCUUCAAUUGCUCUGGUUGAAAAUUUUCCUGUUAAAUUGAGACAUUAUAUUGAGAUAAUUUAGUAAUAUAUGCUAAUCAUUGUUUUCUUCAUGACCUAUCAAAUCAAAACCUCACGCCACCACUUUUCUAUAACUUUGGAUGCAGACUGUCCUAUUUUGCACACUAUGCUCUCAUACCUACGGUUCGCAUAAUGACAACCUCAUUGGUAUGUACCUAAUAAUAAUAUAAAAAAUAAUUCUACCCCUAUGAUAGUAAAUCAUAGAAAGCUGUGUGAAAGAACAGGACGCAAGUUAUGAUUUGCUCUUGAGUUUAGUGGAAAGAUACAGAUAAUUAAAUUGAUGGUGCUAUUUGACAUAGAGAUGGGGAAAACCCUGUAAACUACAUCAAUCAUCGUCGACAAUUUUUAACCGACUUCAAAAAACGGAGGAGGUUCUCAAUACGUUGGAAUAUUUAUAUUUUAUGUAUGUUCAGCGAUAAUUCUUUACCACGUUUUUCGAUUUUUAUGAUCCUUUUUUUGUUAGAAAGGAAGUACCUAGGGAGUGUUUCAUUAUACAUUUGGUCAAGAUCUAAUGUUGGGAACCACAAAAAAACAGCAAACGCUUAACUUAACUUAACUAAAUGGGAUAAAGAUGCUCAGAGUUUAGAUGAAUAAUGUCAAAUCAUGUAAAUACCAAAAAAGUUAUUCCCAUUCUGUCACCAAGCGAAUAGGUUUUAUCGAAGAUUUUUAUUAUUCCGUAUCCAGAGAAGGACAUUAUUCUAAUUGUGAAAGAUGCGCUCACGUUUUAAACUGUUACUGUGUAACAAAAACUAAAAAAACAGUAAGAUUAGCGAUUGUACAAGAUGGCGCAAAAUCAAGUA